AAACCAGGGUUGGGGCAGGGCGUGUCCCAGGAGUGAGCCCAGCUCUACAGUCCUGUGCAGGGUAGAGAGCUAUACUUGGGCCGGCACCAUGGCCGAGUUCAGGGUCAGGGUGUCCACAGGGAAGGCCUUCGGGGCUGGCACAUGGAAUAAAGUGUCUGUCAGCAUCAUGGAGACCCAGGGAGAGAGCCCCCGGCUGCCCCUGGACCAUCUCGGCAAGGAGCUCAACGCUGGCGCUGAGGAAGACUUCCAGGUGAUGCUCCCAGAGGAUGCGGGUCCAGUGCUGCUGCUGCGCGUGCACAAGAUGCCCCCAGCGCUGCCCUGCCUGCCCGGGCCCCUGGCCCAGGAUGCCUGGUUCUGUCGCUAGUUCCAGUUGACACCACCGCAGGGCAGCCCCUUCCUCUUCCCCUGCUACCAGUGGCUGGAGGGGGCAGGGAGCCUGGUGCUGCGGGAGGGGACAGCCAAGGUGUCCUGGGCAGACCACCACCCCCUGCUCCAGCAACAGCACCAGGAGGAGCUGCAGGCCCGGCAGGAGAUGUACUAGUGGAAGGCUUACAACCCAGGCUGGCCUCACUGCUUAGAUGAAAAGAGUGUGAAAGACUUGGACCUCAACAUCAAAUACUCCACAGCCAAGAAUGCCAACUUUUAUCUACAGGGUGGCUCUGCGUUUGUAGAGAUGAAGAUCAAGGGGCUGCUGGACCACAAGGGACCCUGGAGGAGUCUGAAUGAGAUGAAAAGGAUCUUCCACUUCCGGAAGACCUCAGCAGCCGAGUACACUUUUCAGCACUGGCAGGAGGAUGCUUUCUUCGCCUCCCAGUUCCUGAAUGGUCUCAACCCCGUCCUGAUCCACUGCUGUCACUGCCUCCCAAAAAACUUCCCCGUCACUGAUGCCAUGGUGGCUUCAGUGUUGGGCCCAGGGACCAGCCUGCAGGCUGAGCUGGAGAAGGGCUCCCUGUUCUUGGUGGAUCACGGCAUCCUCUCCAACAUCCAUACCAAUGUCAUUAAUGGGCAGCCUCAGUUCUCUGCGGCCCCAAUGACCCUGCUAUACCAGCGCCCAUGUGGUGGGUCCCUACUGCCUCUCGCCAUCCAGCUCAGCCAGACCCCCGGCCCCAACAGCCCCAUCUUCCUGCCCAGUGAUGACGAGUGGGACUGGUUGCUGGCCAAGACCUGGGUGCGAAAUGCCGAGUUCUCCUUCCACGAGGCCCUCACACACCUGCUGCACUCGCACCUGCUGUCCGAGGUCUUCACCCUGGCCACCCUGCGCCAGCUGCCCCACUGCCACCGUCUCUUCAAGCUGCUGGUCCCACAUACCCGGUACACACUGCACAUCAACACGCUUGCUCAGGAGCUGCUCAUCGUGCCGGGGCAGGUGGUGGACAGGUCCACAGGCCUCGGCAUUGGAGGCUUCUCUGAGUUGAUACAGAGGAGCGUGAAGCAGCUAAACUAUUCCGCCCUGUGUCCUGAGGAUAUCCGGGCCCGAGGAGUUGAAGACAUCCCAGGCUACUACUACCGUGAUGAUGGCAUGCAGAUCUGGGGUGCAGUGGAACGCUUUGUCUCUGAAAUAAUCGGUAUCUACUACCCAAGCCAUGAGUCUGUCCAAGAUGACAGAGAGCUCCAGGCCUGGGUCGGAGAGAUUUUCUCCAAGGGCUUCCUCAACCGAGAGAACUCAGGUAUGGGGACCUCCGCCCUCAGGCCUCACCCUCAAGCCUCCGUGGCAGGGUCUUCAGGCCCCUGGAACCUCCAUCCCAGCCCAGCUCUCCUCGCAGGUAUACCCUCCUCCCUGGAGACCCGGGAAGCCCUGGUGCGGUAUGUCACGAUGGUGAUAUUCACCUGCUCAGCCAGGCACUCGGCUGUCAGUGCGGGGCAGUUUGACUCCUGUGCUUGGAUGCCCAACCUGCCACCCAGCAUGCAGCUGCCACCACCCACCUCCAAAAGCCAGGCAACACCUGAGAGCUUCGUCGACACCCUCCCACCUGUCAAUGCCACAUGUGAUGUCAUCCUUACUCUCUGGUUGCUGAGCAAGGAGCCUGGAGACCGAAGGCUCCUGGGCACCUACCCAGAUGAGCACUUCAUUGAGGAGGCCCCAUGGUGGAGUAUCACCACCUUCCAGAACCGCCUGGCCCAGAUCUCAAGGAAGAUCCAGGAGCGGAACCGGGGCCUGGCACUGCCCUACACCUACCUGGACCCUCCUGUCAUCGAGAACAGCGUCUCCAUCUAAACCCGGGAACACAGCCCAGAUGACAUCCUUUGACCACAUCACUCUAGAAUAACUGUCACGCAGAGUAAAGGACUUCUCGGAAAAACAGGCCCCCAUGUGCCUCUCCUGGGACAACCAGACUCUGUGUAACUCAUUCCCACCAUCACACACGCGUGCAUGCACACACACACACACAAAACCAGAAACAAAAUCAAAACAGGGAAACCCAAAAACCCACCAAGAAUAGUCUCGGGACAAUACCACUGAGCCUUUUGGAGGCUCCAAGCCUUGAAGUAC